AUGGCCAUUUCCGGCGAACACCAAGGCGACGACCGCCAAAAUGGCUCGAGCACGCCCACCCCACCACCCCCACCGCUACUCCCACCACCGCUGUCAAUCAACCGACUCCUCGCGCUCCAUCCCCGAGAACGAUUGCUGGUUCAUCCGCUGCGCUGGACUGACCAGCAGCCGGCCCUCCUCGGCUGUCGCAUCCAUUCGCACCAUGACGAGGCCCAUAGCGCUGCCGCCGAGGAGAACACCGGGGCCGCGUCGUCCAAAUCAGAUCGCCUCGCGGGCCUUCUCGCCAAACGACUAAAUGGCCAAUUGGACCCAGAAAGAUUGGCUGACACCGUCGCGCAACUCCUCGCGCCGCUUGACGCUCGUCACAUCUUGCUUCAGAUGGAGAUCUGCUAUGUGUCAGUUUCAAUGGGGCGGCCCGCCCCCGAAACCUUCACCUUGGCGUGCCUCGACUUUAACGAAACCAUGCUGGAGAGAAAGCUCCACUUCAGGCCACCGGGGAACCUUUGCCACACGGAUUGGGAAGGAUUACGCCGUUCUCACACCCUAGUAAAGCUCCAUACCCCCAAGGAUCCUCAAAAAGAUCCAUUCUUGGUUGCUCUUGUCAUCGCCCUCGCGCAAAAAGACCGCCCGGCAUGUAGCACAACCACUGCCUCCCGACUCCAGCUUCACCCCCAUGUGCAAGCUUCCUUUCUUGACAAGUUGGAUUUCCCAAGUCAGGAACCCGCGGUUGGCUCGAGCCUCGACAUAGACCACUGGCACAUUCCAGCCGAGCCUUUCCAGACCUUGUCGCAGCGGGUCUGCCAGGCACUGAGGCUGAAUGGCUACGGAAAGGCGCAUAUCAGGAAUCAUGGUGAGUCCUCGGUUAAGGCGGGAAAGAAGCGGAAAAGGGACGUUGCUUCGGAUGAGCAGGGCGCUUCUUGGUACGUCCUUUGGACCGUCGUGCUGCCCCAACCAACCUACUCGAGCGCUGGCAACGGCAAGGCUCAGAAGGCCGUCGAGAUUGAUCUUGUUCUUGUAAAAGUUCCCAAAGAGUCUUUCUUCUCAAAACUCUGGACCGGCCGGGGCAACAAUCCUUGGCCUCAGUUCAUUACGCGAGCGUCUUCAUUUUACCCACCCUACCCCAAGAUGCCCUACUUCGACACCGUCACCGACCGUUCUGUCUUGUCACGGUGGCCAGUGCCGCCGUCAGAACACAUCAACAGGGUGGCAACCUUGCCUGCGGCCAGCAGCUGGUCGACUGACCAGCUCCGCGCCGCCCGUCUCGUGGUUCGCAGCGCCACCGUCCGGUCUGAGAGUGAGCCAGGCCACGUCCUGCCCGAUCUGCGGGAGCAUUUUGGUGAAGCCGAAGUCGCCUGCAGCCAACCACUCAUCCGAGGUCUCUUGGAGGGGCCCAGCGAGGCCAACCUCGACGACACACUGACCGAGACAGAGCUUGUCCACCAGUACGGCGCAAGUCUCGCGUCCUUUUGGGCCGCCCUUGCCCAGUUCGGUGACGUUGAAGGUCUCGAUAUCGAGGGCGGUGACUUGAACGAGGACGCCGACGAAGGCGACAAACGCCCGUACAGCCCAGGGUCCGAUUCCUCCCAGCCACACAAGCGAGUUCGGACACAAGUAGUGAAUCCAGUCUACCGCAACAGCACGACAAUGCGGGUCGGCUCCUCCAGCCCGUCGCGCGAGGGCGGCUCUCUGCAGGCGUCCCAGGGCUCCGACCCCGGCUAUGUUAGCCAAGAUCGCGCCGCGGCCGACGUUCCGGAGCACGCUACUGUCCGGAUUGCGUCUGCAUUCCUCCGCCACCUUCUCCAGUCUUGCCCGCCCCAACACGAGACGCAGCACUAUAAGCCCACGAACUUGGUCGAGGUCUCAGACGGAUCGCGCCGGUUUGUCGGCAAAACCGCCUAUGACGUGGCGAUCGGAGCCACAGCGGAUGGGGAGCUGGUCCUGCAUCGGCUUCGCAAUGGCAGGUACAACCUUACCGGGCACCGCCCAGCCCUCCUCGAAGCCAAGAAACGGUUCGCCGUCAUCAAGGAUGGGCGACCGGCGUUUACGGACCAGCUCCUCGGUCAAAUGACAUGCGAAGCUCUUGCGUUCCGCCUCGAGAGGAAGCAGACGGAGGGCGCUGUCCCCAUUGACGAGAAGUGCGACCCCCCCCAUCCCCCAACUAAGAAACUAUUUGCGUCUUCGGGAUAUGCAUGA